CGAAUAUAUUAUGCAGACGAGGGCAAAUGAUCUGAAAACCAAGCUUGCCUUGGCAAUCAAGCGUCAAAUGAUCAAGGCUAUUCAUGCUGGUAUCCCUGGAUGGGCUGAUGAACCCGAAGAGCAAAAGGAAAUGUUGGCCAAAUACAGGAAAUAUGGUGAUCAGUACACACCUGAGGAAGCUGAUUGGUACGGAUAUACCAUAUUGGAUGCAACUAAUCGCAUAGCAAAAAUCCUUCGAGCUGAAGCUGAAGCCAAGAUUGUCCCUUUGAAACAUGAGUUUCGGCGAAAGCUCAUCGAAGAUUUGAAAGAAUCUGGCAUGGAAAAUGUUGAGCGCAUCGUUCGCACGGAACAAGGAAAAAUUGUUGAUUAUUCUGGAGAUGAGAAAAAAUCGUGGAUUUCGAAAUUGAACCCAUUCUCAAAGAAAUAGUCGAACAAAGAUAGCAGUUUAAUUAGUGUUUUUAAUGAAUUUCGAAUAUUGUAUUGUUAAAUAAAGAGCUGCGAGCAAUCGUAAGCACCUGUUGUUUUA